GGAGCCGCCGCCCGGUGUCCAGCCGCAGCCGUCAUCAUGGAGCAGCUGUCGGAUGAAGAACUUGAUCAUGGCGCAGAGGAAGACAGUGAUAAAGAAGAUCAAGAUCUGGACAAGAUGUUUGGGGCUUGGCUUGGAGAGCUGGAUAAACUCACGCAGAGUCUGGAUACUGACAAGCCCAUGGAGCCAGUGAAAAGAUCCCCUCUUCGCCAGGAGACAAAUAUUGCCAAUUUCUCCUACCGCUUUUCAAUGUAUAACUUGAAUGAAGCCCUGAAUCAGGGAGAGACUGUCGAUCUGGAUGCUCUCAUGGCUGAUCUUUGUUCCAUAGAGCAGGAGCUCAGCAGCAUCGGGUCACAGUCCGCAAACAGCACAGCAGCGAAGCGCUUUGCCACAGAAGGAAAAAUGGUUCAGAAACCACCCGGCGGUGGCCGGCUGACUGCCAAACACAGUAGCGUGAAGGGAUUGUCAUCUUCGUCGUCUAGUCGGGUCACUAAGCCUUCCCACGCUAUCUUUUCUCUGGACGACAUUACCGCACAAUUAGAAAAAGCCUCUCUAAGCAUGGAUGAAGCAGCUCAGCAACCUUUAAUGGAAGAUCACAAGCCCGUAGUUACUGCUCAGCACAGAAGGACAGCGUCGGCAGGCACUGUGAGCGACGCAGACGUCCGGUCCAUCAGCAAUUCCUCCCGUUCCAGCAUCACCUCUGCGGCUUCAAGCAUGGAUUCCCUGGACAUUGAUAAGGUGAUGAGACCUCAGGAACUGGAUUUGACUCAACAAGCACAGCCAAUUAGCGAGCAUGUUGCUUCUGUGGACCCUCCCAGCAAGCAAGUCAGGCGUCAGAUUGACUUUUCUGAAGAAGACACUGAAUUGGCUCCUCACUCCUAUUUGGACAGGGAAACCUCCCUCCUUCUGCGAAACAUCGCAGGAAAGCCUUCUCAUUUGCUGACCAAGGAAGAACAAGCUGCUAAACUAAAGGCCGAAAAGAUCAGGGUAGCUUUAGAGAAGAUUAAAGAAGCACAAGUUAAAAAGCUGGUGAUACGUGUCCACAUGUCCGACGACAGCUCCAAGACGAUGAUGGUCGACGAGAGGCAGACCGUGAGACAAGUGCUGGACAACUUGAUGGACAAAUCUCACUGUGGUUUUAGCUUAGACUGGUCAUUGGUAGAAACCAUCUCGGAAUUACAAAUGGAGAGAAUCUUCGAAGAUCAUGAAAACUUGGUCGAAAAUCUCCUCAACUGGACAAGAGACAGUCAAAACAAGCUUAUGUUUGUAGAACGUAUCGAGAAAUAUGCACUUUUCAAAAAUCCACAGAAUUAUCUUCUGGGGAAAAGAGAAACCUCUGAGAUGGCAGACAGGAACAAGGAAGUACUCCUGGAGGAGUGUUUUUGUGGAAGCUCGGUAACAGUUCCAGAAAUCGAGGGCGUGCUGUGGCUUAAAGAUGAUGGCAAGAAGUCGUGGAAGAAGCGAUACUUCCUUUUGCGAGCUUCUGGAAUCUACUACGUUCCAAAAGGGAAAGCAAAGGUCUCACGGGAUCUUGUAUGCUUUCUUCAGCUCGACCAUGUGAAUGUUUACUAUGGGCAAGAUUAUCGGAACAAGUACAAAGCCCCAACAGACUACUGCCUGGUGCUGAAGCAUCCCCAGAUCCAGAAGAAAUCCCAGUACAUUAAAUAUCUGUGCUGCGACGACGUCAGAACACUACAUCAGUGGGUGAAUGGAAUCCGUAUAGCUAAGUAUGGGAAACAAUUAUAUGUGAACUACCAAGAAGCGCUGAAAAGGACGGAGUCAGCCUAUGAUUGGACAUCUCUGUCCAGCUCUAGUAUUAAGUCAGGAUCUAGUUCAUCUAGUUUGCCGGAAUCUCAGUCCAAUCAUUCUAAUCAAUCUGAUAGCGGAGUUUCAGACACCCAAAUGGGACACGUCCGUUCUCAAAGUAUCGUCAGCUCCAUCUUCUCAGAGGCCUGGAAACGGGGCACUCAGCUGGAAGAGUCCAGUAAGAUUAGCGCCAGACUGGACUCGAUAAACCGACCCUUUACUUCACUGGCCACUCCGUUGUCACCUCAAACAAAAACAGCUGCCCUGUAUACAGCAGCAUCACAGCCAUCACCUCCCCUCCCGCCACCCCCACCACCCCCUCCCCCGCCUCCUCCUCCGCCACCCCCGCCACCUCCCCCCCUGCCUAGCCAAUCUGUGCCAUCUGGAGGGGGCUCAGCAACUGUCUUUGUAAAGUACAGCACCAUCACCAGAUUACAGAACGCUUCUCAGCACGGGGGGCUGCUCUUCAAGCCACCUCUCAUGACACAGCAGCCGCCACUGCUCCCACCGCCAGGAAAGCCACUGCCUCCAAACGGUGUGGUCCCUCCCCCACCACCCCCACCACCUCCCCCCACCCCAGGCUCAGCCAUGGCACAGCUCAUGAAACCAGUGCCUUCUACCCCGUCAGUACCGCAGUUCACCCCACCACCCCCUCCACCCCCACCUCUGAAAAUCCACCAGGUUCAUCAGAGUGUUCCUCAGCUGCCGCCCCCUGCUACUGCCGCUUCACCACCCCCACCUCCCCCAAUGCCUGCGCCCCCUCCUCCGCAAGCACCGCCUAAGCCAGUCAUGACUCUGCCUACACAAAACAGUGCAAAAGCCGCCUCGCCCAUAGUGACGCACCCCAUGCCACCUGUGCCCAGUCCGGUUCCUUGUCCCAUGAAGAAACAGCCAAGCUUCACCACUCCGCAUAUUCCAUUAGCUCCUGCCCCACCAGGCCCUACUCCCCCACCCACAUUACCCAAACAGCAGAGCUACUCCAGUAAGCUUCCUCCUUCCCCUCAGUCACCCAUGCCAUCAGUUGUGAAGCAAAUAGCCAGUCAGUUUCCCCUUCCUCCUCCCCCACCUCCCUUGCCGGUCUCAGAACCCCAACCUCUGAAGCCUGUUCCUCUGAGUGUCCCCCCGCAGUCCCCUCCAGCAGUGAAAGCCAAGCCAAAAUGGCAGCCCACCUCAGCCCCUUCUCCUGACUUCCCUCCUCCUCCCCCUGAGAGCAGCCUCGCAUUCCCACCUCCACCAUCCCCCUCCCCAGCUCCAUCAGCAGUAUCUCCCACCCCAGAGAAGCCAGGUGGUUCUCCAGUCAAAAAGACGAAUAAGACCUCCAGUCCUGGAGGAAAGAAACCACCUCCUACCCCUCAGCGCAAUUCCAGCAUAAAAUCUAACAGCUCAGCAGAAUACCAGGAAUCGAAGAGACCUUCGGUGGAUGCCUUGGUCAGCAAAUUUGCACACCCACCAGAACCCUCAGGGUCUCCUUCCAAGGAAACUGCAGCUCCCCCUGCCGCUCCUCCAAAGCCCGGAAAGCUCAAUCUGCCUAUUGUCCUUCAGCAAGCCGGAAUCUCGACAAAAGCACCGGCAGCUGUGGGAGCCUCUGGGAAGGGGGCUGUGGAAGAGUUUCCUUCUCCUCCGUCAGAUUCAGACUUCCCUCCUCCACCACCUGAGAUCGAGCUUCCUCUGCCCCCAGUAGAGAUCCCAGCUGUGUUUUCAGGUAAUACCUCUCCCAAAGUCGCUGUUGUCAAUCCUCAGCCUCAGCCGUGGUCCAAGUCAUCGGGGAAGAAAGCUCCUCCUCCAACACGCCCCAAACGCAACGACAGCACUCGACUCACACAGGCAGAGAUCGCCGAAUCGCAGGUGACCGCCAGUUCCCAAGUGCCCACUUCCCCCAAGUCCGGCCUUAGCGUUCAGCCCAGCUUCCUGGCUGACCUGAACAGGACUCUGCAGCGCAAGUCCAUCACGCGCCACGGCUCCCUCUCUUCUGCCCGGAUUUCCAGGGCUGAGCCGACCGCUACAAUGGAUGACAUGGCUCUGCCCCCACCUCCCCCGGAACUGCUGACGGACAAGCAGAAGACUAGCAACUUUGGAGGCGCUCAUAUAUCAGGCUAUGCAACGUUACGGAGGGGCCCACCCCCGGCGCCUCCAAAAAGGGAUCAAAACACCAAGCUGUCUCGAGACUGGUGAUGGGGUAGGGAACCUUAACUGCGGGGGAGGAGGGGGGUUGCUUGCAAAAUGUGUCAGACAACAUACACGCUCUGUUUGUAUUCGGUCUUAUCCAACAGUACUGCAGCGGUCGCUACGGACUACGAGUACAUUCCCUUUCUCGAUCAAUCCUAAAGCGUCGUUGUUUGGGAUGGAGGGGUGGGCCGUUCUAAAUUUUCCCUUCAAACGGAUCGGACCAAAACCUUUUAUUAACCCUUUUCUUUCCUGCAGUUCAGGAAAGUGAAUCGUCGUCUGUCCACGUGAGACCUGUCGGUGCAUGUAUUAUAAAUGUAGGUAUAUAAUAUAUUGUUAAAUAUUUCAUGGCAACGAUAGAGGCUAACCAGAAUGUUUUUGUACAUCUGUAUUUAUUGUUUCAGUCAACCGAAAAAAAUAUAUAUUACCAGAAAUUGGGCUUGCUGUGUUAAAUCAGAAGUCUUUUUACCUUUUAAAAAUGAAGAUUGUUCGGGGGCACUUUAAAUCAGAAGAGAAAAAAACUUUUUCGCAGUUGGUGACGGGUAAACGGCGCUGACAGAUGGUAAUCGGUAUCUGUAAGUUGUCAAAUGAUUGAAAGAAAAUACAGACCCCGACCUACCAAAACAUUCUGGUCACGGUUCCUGCUGAGGUGAAGGCCACACAGCCUCAGGACCUGCCGCUGUACAGCAGGGGGUGGAGUGAAAUAUUCGGAAUAAAGGCAUUCCCUUGGGAAACUCUCAGAAAUCAAAAUAUUCCAAAGUCCACAGCUCUUUAUUAACGUGCUGCAGUCGAAUCCACACCUCCCAGGGACUUACUUCCGAGUAGAGUUGCUUAGGCUCAGGCUGGGAAGCUGCAAUCCUCAUCUCGCGGGGGGUAAUUUGUACUGAACACGGUGGGUUUACUUUUGAGAGCCAAUAGUGCAUGUGACUUAUGUGUGCUAUUCCAGACUUUGCAAAAAAGCAACAUAUAGGUCUGUUUUUGCAUUGAAAUGGGAACGCUGUCUUUUCCAUCCCCUAACCAAAUGCACUCGGGAUGUGCUGAGCAGAGAUUCUGUUAAAUUUGUUAGGUACUUGGUGCUAGUCACCAGCGUGGCAAUGUACAGCUGGUGCACGUAAAUGUCUUUACUAAAGAUAAAAGCUUCAUUUAAGCAUACAGUUGCGCAUGCAAAUCCUGCAUUCAUUUCAGGGUGCGGGGAGAUGGUAAUAGCUUAAGCAUUACUCAGGAGCUAGUUGGAAUGUACUAGUAAGAGAGAAUGGCACGUGCGCCAUAAGAGAGCGCGGACAACACCUGGGCAGCUGGAAAUUGGUUGCAGCGCUAGGUAGACACUCUCUUCUUGCAGGCCCAGGUGGGGUCGUGAUGGCACAAGCUCUGGUUUCUGCUCUGCGCGGCUGCCUGGCUUUGGUGAAGCACAAACCGCUCUUCCCACAAAGCACGUGUGAUGGCAGUGGAGUGCAGAAACAUCUCUAGGUGAGGAAUCCCGAGUUCUGAAGCGAGUAUCACAUAUACCAUUAAAAGCAUAGCUUGGAAUAUGUCAAUAUCGGCUAUCGUAGCAGAUAUAUCUGCUUAAUCACCAGUUUCAUAUCAUCCGUGUCGUGUGCCUGCAGUGAGCAAUAUUUGCUCUUUACUUGAAAAGUGUUUUUGUUUUAAAGGGGGGCUGUCAGAGCUCUUUAACAUCUCUUCCUCCCCCCCCCCCCAAGUUACACAGUUUGUCUCCAUACCCAAGGUAAAGAUGGAUAACAGAAAUUAAUGAAUUUUCUAAAAAUUGGUCUGUCUUGAGCACUGUUUGUGUUAUGAAAAAAAACCCAACUAAGGGUCAUUUUGAAGACUAAAAGGAACUGUUUUUCCUUAGAAAACAGGUGGAACCCUUUGCCUGGGUGCAGCUUGGGUGGGGUGGGGAUCCUAAACGCAGAACGUGAAUGAAUGUGUCUCGUCUGAUCAUUGAAUUGGCUUCUGUUUCCUCUUCUCUCCCCCCCACCCGGUGUAAUUCUCCUAUUUUGACAUAGUUUACUUGAGCAAUAAGAAUAUACCAUACCACUGUGUGCAUUUUUGAAGCUCUGCUGUUGGAAGGCAAUUCCCCCACCCCAUAUCUUUCAAGGCAUUCAGAGUUUUUGUUUUUCUUCUAUUUUUGUGCUUAUAAAGUGUCCUUAAAAACCAUUUGCAUUAUUUCGUUUUAGCAUGCUCCGUAUAUCUGACUUGUGUCUUAGAGUGACAAUUGACUUAACAGCAUUGGUGCUCCAAUUUUAUUGCUCCUGCCUGCCACUCGAGUCAAUUCCAGGUUAAAACAUCUGUACGUCAUGAGGGCGCCUGCCAGUUUUCUAGGUAUCUAAGCACACCUUGAGUCAUGGAGAGUUGUUGCUUUUGGUUAGUAAGAUCAGUGCAUUUGCCCCAUACCCCCUGCAUACUCUUUUCUUAGAACAGGUACUUGCAGGGGGGAAGGGACUGGUAUUUUUUGUGGCCUAGACAAAUGCCCAGACCAAAUAACCGCUCUUUUGCUUGUGACUAAAGUCCACUUGCAGUCAUAACUUCUAGGGGACCAUGCAUUUCUCUGCACCAGUGGAUGUCGCUAAGCAAUCUGCAGGGCCAAAGAGAGCCUUGUCACUGGUGCUCUCUUGGCUUCUGAGAAUCGUUCCCUCCCCCCUGCAAAAACUGUACUACAUCUCAGAUUUUUCUGGCCAGUGAUUGCUUAUAGUUCUCUGCAUAUUCAGGUUUUAACUAAUUCUGCCACGGUGUGACGCUUUAUCUUCUGCCACUGUUGCUCCCGUUGGUUGGCCUUAAUAAAACUACCUGUAAUGUGCUCCCUGCAAGGAGCACUGGAACGCACCAAGGCAGCCGAGUUAGCUUAAUUUUGAACAGAAUGGUUGCGGAAUUUCCUGCACAGUUGUUGCCCUUAGAUGCUUGUCUGUAUUUAAGUCCAGAAGCUAACAUUUCAUUGUGAAUUCUAAAUUAAGGAGUAAUUUUAAGAGUUCCUUGGCAACAAGCAGCAGCGCUUAUAGCUGUUUUAAGCACCACUGUUAUCUUUGUUUGUUAUUUACAUUUAUUCGAUCCAUUUUAAUUAGGUGGGAGGGGGAUCCAAGCAGCACCUUCUAAAGCAAAUCUGGCUUUAGGACACUUAGUGGAAAUUAAUUAAACAACAAAAUGCUGGGGCAGAAUACUGUAAAUUUUAGACAUAAUUCACUGGGAGGUUUUGUACACAUGGUCAACAAGCAUCCUUGCUUUUUAGAAUGAGACUGUAAAGUAGCGGCUUGUAUGUAUGGAGAGUUGCUUGCCCCAUUCUUUGACCUGCCGAAUCGGAGUCCUGUGUUUUGCUUAAUGGUUCGCCUAGCUGGAACUGCAAGCGGUGUCCUCAGUGCAGAAAAGGUUUGCAACGUAAUGUGUGCUAAAACUGAAUAAUCUGUCACCAAACACUCUGCCUGUCUUUAAGAUCAGUAAAAGAAUAAGCCUCUGGACCGUGAAAUCAGGACUGAAAACUGGAUAACAUUUUUAACAAGGCUUGAAGACUGUCGUGCUAACAUAUGACCAAAAAUGGUUAAGGACUUACCCUUCCCCCGCACGGCAGAGCUUGGGACUAGGAGGCAAGUCAGACACCUCCGAUCCCAAGGAAAACAUUUGGCGAGUACCCUGCUUGGGUAAGUGUUCUCCCUCUCUCCAGAGGCAGAUCAGUUUUGCCCCACGCAGGGCCUAUGGAUUUUUGUGGCCUGGUGUGUUGUGUGCUCGGGUUACGUUCUCCUGUGUCGCCACGGCUGUUCUGUGUGGGUUGCAGUUGUGAACCUGGUGCGAGUGAAGCAUGGCUUCGCCAGGAAGAAGGUGCUUCCGGUUGCUUCGAGUCCACAGUUUGGAGGGGGUUGGGUGGUUUGACAUAUGGGAGUUGCCUUUGUCCUGUGCUCUUGGCGACCAAGAGCCUGUAUAGAAUUCUCAACUGUGUAGUCCAGCAGUCAAGACCGGGGGGGGGGGGGGAUUCCAGAUGCUUGACGGCCUGCCCUUUCAGCCCCCAGUGUGUGUUGUGCCCUGGUCUGUAUGUCAUGUAAGAAAAAAAAGAUGCCUGUUAGUGAUGCAGUAGCACAAGAUAUGUAUUUUACAUGCUUUUUUCCUUGUUCUACAUAACAUCUCAGCUGUGGGGAGGAACCGGAGCUGUUUUUACAGGUGUUCAUACCUGGUGGCGGGAACUCCCUAAUGGACAUCAUGAUGCACAUGUAACACACCCAUAUCACAACCAUGUUUUUUUGUGUGUGUGCAGCAGAUCCGUGCAAAGUGCUGUAAAUACAUUCGUAUGUUUACUGCUUUAUGGAAGAAGAAAAAAUUGCACAUUUUUCUCUUGGAGGUGGGACUGCCUCCCCUCGUCCUUCCCUCUUGAAAGAAAGCAAAGCUCUUUAGGAGUGGGUUAAUUUAUGGUCAACGAGAGCUUUGUUAUAUAUAAAAUAUUCUAUAAAUAUGUAUAAAUAUACUUUUUUAAGCAUGGGAGAAGAAAUAAGACAUAAAAUUCAUGAUGAAAGUACCUUAUAGAAAUCAUUAUACUGUGGCAUAUGCACACGUCAAUAAAGAUGUAGUUAAAUUUG